GGCCUAGCUGAAGCUUUGAAGACGAACGUUUCCGUGACAAGCAUCAACCUGCAAAACAAUUCCAUCAGAAAUGAGGGAGUGAAGGCACUGGCUGAAGCUUUGAAGACGAACACUUCCGUGACAAGCAUCAAUUUGUGGCGCAAUUCCAUCGGCGUUGAGGGGGUGAAGGCACUAGCUGAAGCUUUGAAGAUGAACACUUCCGUGACAAGCAUCGACCUGUCUGGCAAUUCCAUCGGCGCUGAGGGAGUGAAGGCACUAGCUGAAGCUUUGAAGACGAACACUUCUGUGACAAGCAUCGGCCUGUCUUGGAAUUCCAUUGGCGAUGAGGGCGCUCAGGCACUAGCUGAAGCUUUGAAGACGAACACUUCCGUGACAAGCAUCGAUGUGGGUUGCAAUUCCAUCGGCGCUGAGGGGGUGAAGGCCUGUCCCGGGAUUCCAAGUGGCUGCUCAUGGGUGCUGAGGGCUAGCGCUGUGGGGGACAUCAUAGUGCCAUCCAGCAAAGAAAAGGGGACUGCGCACAGCCAGGCCUUGAAGCAAGUGAUCGAGGAAAAGAAGAAGAUGGGUUUCGAACUCUGCAUUAAUUUCUAG